AUGAAACUUAAGAAUAGUCCAAAAGGGGGAAAUGGGGGGAUGAAGGAAAAGGAGGAAACCCUAGGGAAGGAGAAAUUAAGGGCAGAGUUUGGGUGGGCUAAGGGUGCAGGGGCUGUCAAUUCCGGCCCCCACUUUGAAAACGCUUGUAGAGGACGCAAACACUUGCUCCAAUCCCAAACGCCACCUCGUUCCUCUACUGGUACUGCGAAACCCCUUACCUCCUGCAAAGCUCAGUAG